GGAGAGCGAGAGACCGAACGAGGAGACGCGAGGAGGAGGGAGGAGAGAGGGAGGCGUGUGGGGCGGGGUGGGGGGAGAGCGCGGAAUGAAAAGCUCGGAGGAGGGGGAAAGCAGCACAGCGGAGCCCAAGUUGCCGAGCGAGCGGAGUGCUCCCGCGGCCCGGAGCCCAGCGGCCGCCGCGCCCGGGAGCCCGGCCCGGCCCCGCCUGCUCUGGGCCCCCGCUGGCGGAGGCCGCCGGGCGGGGGCGGGGACGAUCAACUUGGGGCGCGGCGCAGUCCGGUUUUCCCGAGAGCGCCGAGCCCGGGAGAGCCUCGGGCCGCGUCCAGACGGCGGGAGCGGAGCGCGACGAGCGGAGGAGGCGAGCGGCUCCCGCGCCGCAGCCCCGGCCUCGGCAAGAGCGCGAAUAUUUUUCAAACGACUCAAACUUUCCUUCUUUCCCCGCGUUCUGGGGUCUCUCUUGAAUGGAAUUGCUCUCCUGAGUCCCGCGGGGCGCCAGGGCGCGAUCGCUCCCCGAGGUUCCUCGGUGGCUGGGCUAACUUCGCGGACUCGGGACCCGUGGCUCUAGCCCCUCGGCGGAGCCCAGCCCUUCUCCCGUGCUCAGGAGGGCCAAAGCCGGGGCUUUUUGCCUCCGAGAGGACGCCCAACCCGGCCCCCUUGGGCCAGGCCGUUGAGCCCCCAGCACCAGCCGCAGGACUGGAGACAGCGGAUUAACCCGAGAGGAGCCCGGGCCUCCCCGCCCCCGCUCCGCUGAGGGGCGUCCCCUGGGCGGGGAAACGACAAGUUUGUCAGUCGUCGGUGGCCUGUUGGAUCCAAGAGCCUCCGCCCCUGCAGAGGGGUCCCUGGCGCCCAGAACACCGAGCAGACACUCCUGGAACCCGGGGAGGCUCGGCAGCCGGGCUCCGUGGGCUGGGGCGCUGGCUGCUGCGCCGGGAGCGCGGAGGCACCCGGGGCCGGGCCAGCGCCCCCUGCGUCCCCACGCGGGCAGCGGCCCCGCCAGAGGAGAAACCCGGCUCGCCGCCACCGCCGCCUCCUUAGUCUCCCGGUCUCCAUCGCUGGGGCCGCCUACUCCGUCGCCUCUCCGGGAACGGGAGACGCAAGGGGCAUCGCGGGGCCCCGGCGGAUGCGCCCCCCGCCGCCUCUCGGGCUGCGCCGCCUCGCGGGGAUGAAGCACCGGCCGUGAAGAUGGAGGUGACCUGCCUUCUACUUCUGGCGCUAAUCCCCUUUCACUGCCGGGGACAAGGAGUCUACGCUCCAGCCCAGGCUCAAAUCAUACACGCAGGCCAGGCGUGCGUGGUGAAAGAGGACAACAUCAGCGAGCGUGUCUACACCAUCCGGGAGGGGGACACCCUGGUGCUGCAGUGCCUGGUCACCGGGCACCCUCGGCCCCAGGUGCGUUGGACCAAGACUGCGGGCAGUGCAUCGGACAAGUUCCAGGAGACGUCGGUGUUCAACGAGACGCUGCGCAUUGAGCGCAUCGCGCGCACGCAGGGCGGCCGCUACUACUGCAAGGCUGAGAACGGCGUGGGUGUGCCCGCCAUCAAGUCCAUCCGGGUGGACGUGCAGUACCUGGACGAGCCCGUGCUGACGGUGCACCAGACCGUGAGCGAUGUUCGAGGCAACUUCUACCAGGAGAAGACGGUGUUCCUGCGCUGCACUGUCAACUCCAACCCACCUGCCCGCUUCAUCUGGAAGCGGGGCUCCGACACCCUGUCUCACAGCCAGGACAACGGGGUGGACAUCUAUGAGCCCCUCUACACCCAGGGGGAGACCAAGGUCCUGAAGCUGAAGAACCUGCGGCCCCAGGACUAUGCCAGCUACACCUGCCAGGUGUCUGUACGCAACGUGUGCGGCAUCCCGGACAAGGCUGUCACCUUCCGGCUCACCAACACCACGGCACCACCAGCCCUGAAGCUGUCUGUGAAUGAAACUCUGGUGGUGAACCCCGGGGAGAAUGUGACCGUACAGUGUCUGCUGACAGGCGGUGACCCCCUGCCCCAGCUGCAGUGGUCUCAUGGACCAGGCCCGCUGCCUCUGGGUGCCCUGGCCCAGGGUGGCACCCUCAGCAUCCCUUCAGUGCAGGCCCGCGACUCUGGCUACUACAAUUGCACAGCCACCAACAAUGUGGGCAACCCGGCCAAGAAGACUGUCAACCUCCUGGUGCGAUCAAUGAAGAACGCCACAUUCCAGAUCACUCCAGAUGUGAUCAAAGAGAGCGAGAACAUACAGCUGGGCCAGGACCUGAAGCUGUCAUGCCAUGUGGAUGCAGUGCCCCAGGAGAAGGUGACCUACCAAUGGUUCAAGAAUGGCAAGCCAGCACGCAUGUCCAAGAGGCUGCUGGUGACCCGCAAUGACCCCGAGUUGCCCGCCGUCACCAGCAGCCUGGAGCUCAUUGACCUGCACUUCAGUGACUACGGCACCUACCUUUGUGUGGCUUCCUUCCCGGGGGCACCUGUGCCUGACCUGAGCGUCGAGGUCAACAUCUCCUCUGAGACAGUGCCACCCACCAUCAGCGUGCCCAAGGGCAGAGCGGUGGUGACUGUGCGCGAGGGCUCGCCGGCCGAGCUGCAGUGCGAGGUUCGAGGCAAGCCGCGGCCGCCCGUGCUGUGGUCCCGCGUGGACAAGGAGGCUGCAUUGCUGCCCUCCGGGCUGCCCCUGGAGGAGACCUCGGACGGGAAGCUGCGGCUGGAGCGCGUGAGCCGAGACAUGAGUGGGACCUACCGCUGCCAGACAGCUCGCUAUAAUGGUUUCAACGUGCGCCCCCGCGAGGCCCAGGUGCAGCUGAACGUGCAGUUCCCGCCAGAGGUGGAGCCCGGUUCCCAGGAUGUGCGCCAGGCGCUGGGCCGGCCAGUGCUCCUGCGCUGCUCGCUGCUUCGAGGCAGCCCUCAGCGCAUCGCCUCGGCUGUAUGGCGCUUCAAAGGGCAGCUGUUGCCUCCGCCGCCUGCCAUUCCCAUCGCCGCCGAGGCCCCCGACCACUCCGAGCUGCGCCUCGACGCGGUCACCCGCGACAGCAGUGGCAGCUACGAGUGCAGCGUCUCCAACGACGUGGGCUCUGCUGUCUGCCUGUUCCAGGUCUCGGCCAAAGCCUACAGCCCGGAGUUUUACUUCGACACCCCCAACCCCACCCGCAGCCACAAGCUGUCUAAGAAUUACUCGUACGUGCUGCAGUGGACCCAGAGGGAGCCCGAUGCUGUUGAUCCUGUGCUCAACUACAGACUCAGUGUCCGCCAGUUGAAUCAGCACAACGCCAUGGUGAAGGCCAUCCCGGUGCGGCGUGUGGAGAAGGGGCAGCUGCUGGAGUACAUCCUGACCGACCUCCGUGUGCCCCACAGCUACGAGGUCCGCCUCACGCCCUACACCACUUUUGGGGCCGGAGAUAUGGCCUCCCGUAUCAUCCACUACACGGAGCCCGUCAACUCUCCCAACCUGUCAGACAACACUUGCCACUUUGAGGAUGAGAAGAUCUGUGGCUACACCCAGGACCUGACAGACAACUUUGACUGGACCCGGCAGAACGCCCUCACCCAGAACCCCAAGCGCUCCCCCAACACGGGUCCCCCCACUGACAUAAGUGGCACCCCUGAGGGCUACUACAUGUUCAUUGAGACAUCAAGGCCUCGGGAGUUGGGGGACCGUGCGAGGUUGGUGAGUCCCCUGUACAACGCCAGUGCCAAGUUCUACUGCGUCUCCUUCUUUUACCACAUGUACGGGAAACACAUUGGCUCCCUCAACCUCCUGGUGCGGUCCCGGAACAAAGGGGCCCUGGACACACAUGCUUGGUCCCUCAGUGGCAAUAAGGGCAACGUGUGGCAGCAGGCGCAUGUGCCCAUUAACCCCAGCGGGCCCUUCCAGAUUAUUUUUGAGGGGGUUCGAGGCUCGGGCUACUUGGGGGACAUCGCCAUAGAUGACGUCACACUGAAGAAGGGAGAGUGUCCCAGGAAGCAGAUGGAUCCCAAUAAAGUGGUGGUGAUGCCGGGCAGUGGAGCCCCCUGCCAGCCCUGCCCGCAACUCUGGGGGUCCAUGGCCAUCUUCCUCUUGGUGUGGCAAAGAUGAUGAGAGCUUCCUGGCUCCCCGCCCCGCCCCCGGCACACCAAAGUGUCCGCAUCGUACCAAAGACUGACCCCCCGCCAGCCGGGGUGCCAAGGGGCAGGGUUGCCUGCCAGGGAGGGGGCCUGAAUUGGCUGCGAGGACGUGCAGAUCACAAGGACAGAGGCCCCGCACCGAGGCCCCGGAGGCGGUCGUUCGACACAUGCGCACACACUCACACACCCACACUCACACACAGAGAUAUAUUAAAGCACAAGUUUCUAUCCGA